UCGGUCGCGCCGGCCCCGCGGGCUCCCGCCGCCGCCAGCAUGCAGCCCCCCGCCCUCGGCAUCCUCCUGCUCAUCGCCUGCUUCGGCAGCGCCCGGGGAAACCUCUCCCGCGACGAGAGCCAGCCCACGACGUCGGACGAGACCGUGGUGGCCGGGGGCACGGUGGUGCUCAAGUGCCAGGUGGAGGAUCCCGAUGAUUCCUCGCUGCAGUGGUCCAACCCUGCCCAGCAGACCCUGUACUUUGGGGAGAAACGAGCCCUGCGGGAUAACCGGAUCCAGCUGGAGAGAUCCACCCCCAACGAGCUGACCAUCAGCAUCAGCGACGUGGUGCUGGCCGACGAGGGCGAGUACACCUGCUCCAUCUUCACCAUGCCCGUCAGGACUGCCAAGGCCCUGGUCACCGUGCUGGGGAUCCCCCAGAAGCCGCAGAUCUUCGGGCACGAGCAGCCCAUCGACGAGGAGAAGGUGGCCCGGCUCCUGUGCCGCUCCUCCGGCAGCAAACCCGCGGCACAGCUGCGCUGGAGGAAGGGCAACCGCGACAUCAAGGACUCGGGCACCGAGGUGGUGGAGGACCCCAAUGGCAAGACCUUCACGGUGACCAGCAGGGUGGAGUUCCGUGUCACCAAGGAGGACAACGAGGUCGAGGUCACCUGCACCGUGGACCACGAGUCCCUGCAGAACUCGGAGAGGUCCACCACGCAGAAGCUGCAGGUCCACUACAAGCCCACGGCGAAGAUCGAGCCGCACCCGCAGUACCCGCGGGAGGGGGAGAAGCUGCAGCUGCAAUGUGACGGGCAGGGCAACCCCAUCCCGCAGGAGUUCCUGUGGGAGAAGGAGGGCAGCGAUGCCCCCCUGCAGCUCAGCUCCGACAGCGUCCUCAUCUUCCCCUUCCUCAACAAGAGUGACAGUGGCACCUACGUCUGCACGGCCACCAGCUCCAUGGGCAGCGUGGUGGCCAAGUACAACCUGGACGUCAGCGAUGUUCCCCAGCUCCCCACCCCACACGUUCACUCCACCCUGGGCCCUUCCCAGCCCAUCUGUCAUGCUUCCAUGGCCUCGGCUCCAUCCUUCACUCCAGCUCCCAUCCAAGAUGCCAGCCCGGUGCCCUCGACCUCCAGCACCUACCACGCGAUGAUCGGCGGGGUGGUGGCUGUCAUCGUCUUCCUCCUGCUCAGCCUCCUCAUCGUGCUGGGACAUUACCUGAUCAGGCACAAAGGGACGUACCUGACCCACGAGGCCAAGGGCUCGGACGACGCCCCGGACGCCGACACCGCCAUCAUCAACGCCGAGGGCGGCCAGGCCGGCGGCGACGACAAGAAGGAAUAUUUCAUCUAAAAGGGUCAGAGAGAGAGAGAGAGAGAGAGAGAGAGAAAUGGAGCCAAGAGAACCCCGAUGGCAACGGCAACCAGACCACAAACCCCACAAAACCCAACAGAUUUUCUCUGGCGCCCGGCACGGGCGGACGGACGGACGGACAGAGGGAUGGCGGGACAGAGAGCAGGGAGAGCCACCGGCCUCGAGGCGCUGCUGACGCUUCUUGAACUUGUACAAAUCCUUCACUCCAACGGCGAGAGCCCCGGCCCCGUUUGCUUGCUUGCACCUCCAUCCCCACGCCCCGACCCCCACAAACCCAACCCGUGAGUGAGCGACUCCUUCCUCCUUCCUUUUGGACCUUUUUUGGGGUUUUUUUUUUUGGCUUUGGUUUCGUGGCUGCUCUUUGCUUCGGGCCCUUGGUUGGGGUGUUGGGCUGGGGGUCGAUGUAGCUCUUCCCUUUGUUUCUCUCCCUUUUGGUUUCUUUGAUGUCCAAGGAUAAAAUCAGCUCCGGGUUCCCGGGGUGAGGUGUGGGAUCCUGGGUGUCCCCGUUGUCCCCUCCCCGUGGUGGGUGGGUGGGGGGUGACUCCAGGUGGGAGCAGAGCGAGCCCCUGCCCCGGUUUUAUCCUUGGUGGUUCUUGUGGAGCAGUGUCCAUGCAGGAGCAGAGCUGUCCUCGUGCAGUCAGUGUGUGACAGGGGGUGCAAGGCCAGGGUGGGACCCCCAGAGUGACCAGGAGCCCCCACAGCUCCCCGGUCCCACCCCAGCGGGAGGGGGGAGGGCUGAGGUUUAUUUUGAGGGUUGGGAGGGGGGAGAGGCAAAUCUAGAGGAAAAGCCCCUGAUUUUUAAUUUAUUUAUUUUCUUUUUCUAUUUUAAAUUCUCUGAUUGGAAAUGCCAAUUUGAACCAUCUAUUGAGAUGUUCAGUGCAGGAAGCAGCACCCCCGGGGCUGGGGCUGCUUCCCUGGGACCCCCCCCCAGAGCAGGGCUGGGGUCUCUCUGCCCCCCACCUUCCCUCCCCAGGGCAGGAAUGAGCUUGGAAAGGGCUGAUUUUCUUCUUGACUCUAAAAACCCUGACCAAACCACCUGGAUUUGGGGUCUGGGGAGUUUGGGGUCACCACAGAGGCUCGGAGAGGGGGGGGUUCACCCUUCCUCCUGCCUCUUUCACCUUCACUUCCAAACCAAAACCAAACACCUUUCCCCACCUGUCCAGCACGGCCCCAGCUCAGCCCUCCCCAAACUGGGCACCCCCGGGAUGGGGCUGGCACCCCCUGGCAUCCUCGGGGCACCCCCAGCCUUGGCAUGAGGUGUUCUGGGGUGCACAUCCCAGUCUGGGCACGAGGGGGGUGCAGGAGAUGCCCUUGGGCUGGGCAAGGCGGAUUUGGGGUCAUCUGGAGGAGGAGGGGACCCUUAGAGAGGGGGCAACCUCACCUGGGAGGGGUAACCUCACCUGGGAGGUCACCUCAUGGAUUUGGGGUCAUCUGGAGGAUGAGGAACCCUUUGGGAUGGAUCUCUCACCUGGGAGGUCUCCCCAUGGAUUUUGGGGUCAUCUGGAGGAGAAGGAACCCUUAAAGAA